CCCUGUCAACCCCCAGUUUCUUGUUCAUUACCACGGUAACGUGCAAAACCGAGGAGCCGGUAAAUAACUCCUUAAGGAUCAUGUCCUGGGAGCUAUUACUGGCAGGACUGCAAAGGGCAGAGGUGCUGGGAACAUUUGCUAGGUGUAAUAAGCAGGAUUAAUCCUGGAUACACACUAUUUAUCACAUAUCUUUGAACCCGGCAGCUGUUUGAGGUGGUUAAUUAAACCCUAGAUGGUGUCACCCGGUGAUUCUCGUUAGCUAAGGGAGGCUUUCCACUGUCACAGAAGGGAUGGCCAUCGCUUCACACUCCUGAUAACAGCCACAGCACUGACAGCUAUCUUGGUGAUUGAGUUUGUCUAUGCCAUCGUGGGCAUCGUCUGGCUAACGCAGUACUACGCUUCCUGCAAUGAUAUCACAGCCAAGAGUGUCACUUUGGGAAUGGUGGUGUGCAACUGGGUUGUCAUCCUCAGCGUCUGCAUCACUGUCCUCUGCGUCUUCGACCCGACAGGCCGGACCUUUGUCAAACUACGCGCCACAAAACGGCGACAGCGCAACCUGAGGACGUACAACCUGAGACACCGCCUGGAAGAAGGACAAGCCAGCAGCUGGACACGCAGACUCAAAGUUUUCCUUUGCUGCACGAGGACAAAAGACUCUCAGUCGGACGCCUACUCCGAAAUCGCCUACCUUUUUGCCGAGUUCUUCCGAGACCUUGACAUUGUCCCGUCUGACAUCAUCGCGGGCCUGGUUCUUCUGCGCCAACGGCAGCGGGCCAAGCGCAACGCUGUGCUGGAUGAGGCAAACAAUGACAUUCUAGCUUUUCUUUCUGGGAUGCCAGUGACCAGGAACACGAAGUACCUGGAUCUAAAAAACGCGCAAGAGAUGCAGCGGUACAAAGAGGUGUGUUACUACAUGCUGUUUGCCCUGGCUGCCUAUGGCUGGCCCAUUUACCUGAUGAGGAAGCCCACAUGUGGACUCUGUCGCCUGGCCAGAUCCUGCUCGUGUUGCUGUCUCUGUCCUUCCCGUCCCCGCUACGCCCCGAGUGUCACCAUCGAAGAGGACAAUUGCUGUGGCUGCAAUGCCAUCGCCAUCCGGCGCCACUUCUUGGAUGAGAACAUGACCUCAGUGGACAUUGUUUACACCUCUUGUCACGACGCAGUCUAUGAAACGCCUUUCUAUGUGGCUGUGGACCAUGAGAAGAAGAAGGUGGUCAUUAGUAUCCGAGGAACUCUCUCUCCAAAAGAUGCCCUGACUGACCUCACUGGGGAUGCAGAGCGCCUUCCAGUUGAGGGUCACCACGGAACGUGGCUGGGACACAAGGGAAUGGUGCUCUCUGCUGAGUACAUCAAGAAGAAAUUGGAGCAAGAAAUGGUGCUUUCUCAAGCUUUUGGACGAGAUUUAGGAAGAGGAACGAAACACUACGGCCUGAUUGUGGUUGGUCAUUCCCUGGGUGCUGGCACAGCUGCCAUCCUGUCCUUCCUCCUGCGCCCCCAGUACCCAUCUCUGAAGUGCUUUGCCUAUUCCCCCCCAGGUGGGCUGCUGAGUGAGGAUGCCAUGGAGUAUUCAAAAGAGUUUGUGACUGCAGUCGUGCUUGGCAAAGAUCUAGUGCCCAGAAUCGGUCUCUCUCAGCUGGAGGGAUUUCGCCGGCAGCUCCUGGAUGUUCUUCAAAGAAGUAACAAACCAAAGUGGCGAAUCAUUGUGGGUGCUACCAAGUGCAUACCCAAAUCCGAGCUCCCUGAAGAGACAGAAGAAAACUCUGUAACGAGUAAUCGCCUCUGGACCCAUCCCAGUGACCUGACUAUUGCCCUCUCUGCCAGCACCCCCCUCUACCCCCCCGGCCGCAUCAUCCACGUGGUGCACAACCAUCCUGCUGAGCAGUGCUGUUGCUGCGAGCAAGAGGAUCCCACGUACUUCGCUAUCUGGGGGGACAACAAGGCGUUUAACGAAGUGAUCAUCUCGCCCGCCAUGCUGCACGAACACCUCCCCUACGUGGUCAUGGAAGGGCUCAACAAGGUCUUGGAGAACUACAACAAGGGGAAAACAGCUUUACUUUCUGCAGCCAAAGUGAUGGUGAGUCCUACAGAGGUGGAUCUCACCCCGGAGUUGAUCUUCCAGAGUCAGCCCUUACCCAGCGAACCCUCGGUGCAGAUCGGAACCGGAGCCCUCACAGUGGACAGAAGGAACAGCAGUACCAAGAGCAAGUCCCAUUCGGAAAUUAGCUUGGAGGGGUUUUACGAGACCAAGCCCCUUUCUCCUGUGCAGAAAGACCCCGUGGAGCUGCUGCUCCUGGAUACAAAAGAACGUCUGUCUGUGGAGCUGCAGGACCGUCGCGCUCCUCUGGCGACCAUGGAGAGCCUCUCGGACAACGAAUCCAUCUACAGCUUCGAUUCGAGGCGUUCCUCUGGGUUUCGGAGCAUCCGGGGCUCCCCCAGCCUCCAUGCUGUCAUGGAGAAGGACGAGACGCACUGCUUUUACAUAGACCCUGUUAUCCCUGAGGAGAACCCUUCCCUCAGCUCGCGGACAGAGCUGUUGGCCGCCGAUAGCCUCUCCAAGCACUCCCAGGAGACCCAGGCCCCCGACAACGUCCUCAACAGCGGUGGCACCACCCCUCAGCGCCGCUGCAGCGAGGAAGGGGCCAGCAGCGAAGGGGACCGCGUUUCCUUAGCCCCACGGGAGGAGUUAUCCCUCCAAAACGGCCGCCUGGCUGACGUUCCCAGUCCCCAAGUGUUGGAAUUUGCUGAAUUCAUAGACAGCCUCUUUAAUUUGGAUAGCAAAAGCAGCUCCUUCCAGGACAUCUACUGCAUGAUGGUGUCAGACAGCUCCAGUGACUUUGCGGAGAUGCCCAAGUCCGUCAGCGAUCAGGAGAUCCUUCUGAGGGCACAAUACGAACCCAACUUAGUCCCAAAACCCCCCAGGUUGUUUGCAGGCUCAACGGAUCCUUCGUCGGGCAUCUCGGUCUCACCCUCUUUCCCCCUUAGUUCAUCUGGAGAACUCAUGGACAUCUCUCCCACGGGAGUGAGCAGCCAGGAGUGUUUGGCCACUGAUAAAAUCCGGACUUCCACCCCCUCCGGGCACGUAACCAGCCCUGCCAAGCAGGACGACCUCAUGAUUUCGGCCCUUUAGUUGUAGGAAUUAAAGGGAUGUGGCUCUGCGAGCUGAUUCCCCUAGGCUUGAAUGCUGGGAUAAUAACGUGGAGGAGGUGGUGGUUCAGUGGGGCAGUUUGGGGUGGAGGAGACGGCUGGAAACGGUCCUUCUGGGGUGACACGGUGGUGGAUUGUGCUGGAGAAGAAGCGUUGCCCCCCCCGAGGGGCUGCUACGCUGAGAGGGGUCCGAGUCGCUCAAGGUAGAUGCCAAUUCCCUACCUCAGCCUGUCUCGUUGGGUUUUGGAGGCAGAUUCCUCGCCCCCCCAGGGCACCUGCUGAGUUUUGGGAGUGAGAUCCCUCCCCGCUUCAGGGAAUCCUCUGGGGUGAAGGAUUCUCUGAAGCUCGAGGAUUGGAUAGAGAGAAGGGGGGGGGCACCAGGCCACAUCAUCUCCCCCCCUCUUCCUCGGUGGUUUUGGAAAUGAACGGAUUGAGACUUUGGGCCCUAUUGCACUACCAGCUCGGAUCUGGCCCAAGAUCCAAUUCGUCACACUUCCACAGGGAUUGCUUAUUUUUUUUGUAGGAACGCUCUCUCCCUGUUUUAAAGCCAUUGGGGGCUGUAUUUUCCCUAAAUGCAG